AGCCGUUUUCGCGCUGAGCCACCCGCGGGCGGGCGCCAUGGUUUUGUUUCGGGGGCGGAGGGGCUCCCCGAGACGUCGGGCGCGGGCAGCUGCCAUCCUGGCGUCGGCUGCGGCUUCGACUUUCUGCUUGAGGUCAACGCCUACUUUCCCAGAUGCAGUCUUUCAGCUGCCUGCCAGGCUGCUGCGCAGGAGCGCGCUGACCUCGCUUGCGGCGGGCGCGGCGGUGGCCUCAGGAGGCGUCGGCGGCGCGUCGCGGCGCGCCCCGGAGGAGGCCGGCCGUGCCCAGCUGCGCGAGGCGCUGCGGCGGGAGCUCUCCCAGGCCUUCUCGGGCGGCGGCCAGCGGCCCAGCAGCUCGGACGCCGUGGAGGGGGCGCUGGACCAGCUGGUUCGGCUAAACCCGACAUCUCGACCAGGAGCCAUCGAAGGCUUCGCCGCGUUCGCCGCGGGGCGCUGGCGGGUGGCGCAUGCGCCCCACAUCGGCAAGCUCUCGGGGCUGCUCGGCUCUACGUUCGACCCAAUACUCUACGAUCUUGCAGUGCCCGUGACGGAGCGCGGCGGCGGUGCCAUCCAGUCGCACGUGGGCUACAGCGCUUUGGGCGGCCUGUUCCAAGGCUGGCUGUCUACUGCGGGGCGGUAUGGCACCGAGGACGGAGACGCCACCAGCCGCGUGGAGUGGGACGAAGCAUGGUGGGACAGCGGGCCCGCCGAGUCCUGGUCGGAGGACCCCGCCGAGAGCACCGCGGCCCCGAUCGUCUCGGCGUUAGGAAAGCUUGGCUUCGUGUCCGCCUUUGCCAAGUUCCCGGUGCAGUACCUCGACGAGGACCUGUGCGUGUUCGUGUUCCCCCUCUCCGGGACGCGGAUCCUCGCCGUCCGCGUCGGCGGCCCGAUGGACGUGUGGAGGUAGGGCCCGUGCCCGCAGCGGAGAAAGGCACCACGGGAAUCGGAGCCGCCGUGGAUGUGCGGCGGCCGGCCUUCUCCUGCUCACUUCCCCCCCUCGCUCGCCGCCGAAGUGCAUCACGGUCCUCGGCGCCGUCGUUGAUGCGACUCUUUCCGUUGCUGCCUCGCGCUUGGAGCACAGUGCUUAUUGUCGAGAACUUGUG